CUCGCGCCACCCCCCGCCGCCCGCCCGCCGCCGGGUGUUUGUGUCGCCCAGCGUCGCCGCCGCCGCAUUCAACCAGAAACUCCCUCGCCACCACCACCAACACCACCACCGACAUGCCCACCGCGGACGACUGGCUGCUCAACCCCCUGGGUCUCGUCGAAGGCUUGUUUGCCCAGCAUGGCCCCACCGCGGACUGGGAGAAGAUGGCCGUGAGCUACUUCGCCAACAAGCUGCAGGACGGCAGCGUCGCUGAGAUGGUGCCGUCGCUCAAUGACGUGCCUCUGCAGCAGCUGAAGUCGGGGGGAGUGGCGCGAUUCCGCUGCAUGGUGCAGGACAUGUUCGACCCCGAGUUCUACCUGCGAGUGUUCGAGGUGCAGGGGCCGGACGCACAGACCAGCGUGCUGAGAUGUGGAAAAUAUCGAGACAUCGCAGCAUGUGGCCCCCAGCAGCAAGUAAACCUGGAGUCGCCACGCAACGUCACGGCUGACCGGCAGACCUUCUACUGCGUGCCUGUCCCUGGGGAGGCAGCCUGGGUCAAGGAGAAGUUCGCACGGAGAGCGACGAGCAGAGCCUCGGCCUCCACCUCGUACUCGGUGCAGCGCAACAAGCGAAGCCUGGAGGAGGAGGCCGAGUCGUCGCCGCACGCCCAGCACGCUGGCCCCGCCGGUGCCGCGGGGCUGCCCCUCAGCCAGAGCCCGCAGGCCAAACGCAAGCAGACGCUCCGGGCACCUCCCGGCAGGGCCCCGGGUGGGUGCCUUCCCUCCGCCGACCUCAACUUCCCGCUGCCCGACGAGACGGGGCCCGCCUGCAUCAUCAAGGUGUACGAGGACUGGGAUUCCAUCAAGCUCAACGACAUAGUGGAGGUGUUUGGAAUCCUGUCAAUGGACCCAGAGCUUGGGCUGCUGCAGGAUAGCAGCGGUGGCACGGGCGGCGCGAUGGCGAGCGGUGGCAUGGCGGACGCGGAGAUGGAGACGGAGACUGGCGAAGCAGGGCAGGGGGACGACGGGCGCCACCGCUGCCCGCCAGCCUCGCUGGUGCCUCGCCUGCACGCGCUCACCAUGCGCAAGCUGACGCACGUCAACCCCCUGCUGCCCGCAGACCUGCACCCCGUGUGCGGCUCGCUGCUGGCGGAGGCGAAGUCGGUGCGCUCGGAGCUGCUCGGGGCACUGAGCCACGCGCUGCUGGGGGACGAGCUGGCCGCCGAGUACCUCCUGCUGCACCUCGUCUCCUCCGUAUACGCCCGGCGAGACGUGAUGCCGCUGGGAAAGUUCUCUCUGAACCUGAGCGGCUGCCCCUGCAACCCGGCCUUCACUCAGGAGCUCUACCUCUUCCUCCAGCAGCUCGUCACCACGUCUCACCGGCUGCCCAUGUCGCUGGGCGCAAUGAACGGCGCGCGGCUCGCCCCCUGCAAGGACUACGCGCAGAACCGCCUGCGCACGGGCGCCCUGCAGCUCCCCAACGGGGCCUCGCUCUUCCUCGACGAGACCGAGCUGCAGCCCGGACAGCUGGACGCCACGGGCGUACGCAAUGUCACGGCGCUUGGGAACGUCAUCUCGUGGCAGAAGGUGGACUACGACUUUAGUUUCCACCAGGUGGAGUUCCCGUGCAGCCUGAACGUGCUGGUGGUGUCCGAGGGCCGCUCCCUGCUGCCCUCGGAUUGCCAGAUGCGCCUCGCGCCAGCACCCGUGCCGGCGGACCCGGCCGCGUACUUCACGGCGCUGCGCGCAUCCCUGAGCCCCGCACUCCUCGACCGCGUACGCUCGUACCUCACACUGGCGCGCCUCUCCGACUACAGCAUCGGUGACGACGUGUCCAAGGCGGUGGAGGAGGAUUUUGUGGAGAUGAGACGGGAGGACCCUCAGGUCACGGGCGAUGACCUGCACUUGCUGCUUGUCGUCGCCAGGCUGCUGUCUCUGAGCGUGGGGCAGACAGGGCUGACGCGUGAGCGAUGGUUGAGGGCCCAGCACCUGGAGGUGCAGCGCAGGCAGCGCAUCAAGCGCAACAACCUCACACAUGGGCACGAGCAGUGACCACAACGCGCGCUCACAGCGCAGCCUCCACGCUCUACAGACACACACACACCACGGACUCACGCACGCACACACCAUGAUACGACCUCGCGCUACGCGUGCACUGCACCACACGCGUACUUCACACAUGUUCAUGCCCGGCGCACACGCUACUCCCACACUGCUUGACCCGCUGCUUUCGCUCCCUCACACACACGCGCGCGCUUCAAACAAAGACAAAGAUGCCCCAGUAUAGCCUGAACAGACUGUUGGCACAAGUGCUGUUAGCGAGCACCUAUGAAGGACGGCAUGGCACACGAGGGGGUGGGUGGCCAGCACCACGCCCGGCCACCUUUGUCUCCCUAGCAGCGAUGUUUAUACACUGCACCAGGAACUCAUUUGAGGCUGUGUCCUAGGACCUGUUCAGAUAUUCGUCACUGUUUCUGGCCGUGAGCAGGAGUCGAACUCGUGUCGCCAGGUCUGCAGCGCGGCGCAUUAACCGCUACACACACGCUUCACGCACUCCACACAUGUACGCUGAACACUCACAUGCGCCAUGCACACAUGCUCUGCACACCUGACUCGGACGCUCCACAGAAGUAUAACAUUUUCCAGACUGUUAUGGAAAGUACCGUUACCAAGCACUCAUUAAGGCUGGUGUGGCCAGCACCACGCUUAGGCCGCACGCCGCACCAGGUACUCAUUUAAACGCCGUCACCACUGAUAUUACCCAAUGCCUGGAAAAUCAAACUCUGGGCGCCCGGUUUACAGUUGCAGACCACUGCACCACAGCUCCCCACGUACGCGCCACAUGCACGUUCUACAUUCUCCAUGCAUUUGGCAAAUGUGUGCAGCCCGUGCAUUCGACGUAGUUUGUUGUCCUUCCUCUGCCGCACCUCCGAUUAGCACGGUUGGCUACGUACGGUGCGAAAGAAGUUCAGCACACAUACAUCCGAUUAGCACGGUUGGCUAUGAAAGAAGUCCAACAUACACAUACGUACACAUGCUGCAACCUUCAUCUUGCUCUUCACAACGUCCACAUGCUUAGCAGGCCAAGCACAAUCUGCCACAAUCAUUGCCUUAAUGUUUAUUUUAGUUUUCAAAUGACAUUGAUGUAUUUUCUGCACGAAAAAUAAACGCCGUUUGUGUAUUCCG